UGUUUUAUUUUCCUCACAAGAGAUAGGGCGGUCAAAAGUGUGUAUAUAACAAAAGAAAAAGAAAGGGCGGUCAAAACCCUAGAAAUCUAAAUCUAGGAUUCCAAAACGUAGAGACAGCAUAAUCUGGCAGUUCGAUCGAUAUCUCUCCCCGUUCAAAAGAUAGCGAUGGCAGGUCAGAGAAAUAGUUACGGAAAGCGUUCUCAUUCGCAGUCCGAGUACGCCGACAACGGCGGCGGAGGAGGAAACAAAAGGAGAAAUCCCGGUGAGGAAAGGGAGCAAUUCAUCAUCGAUGCGGAGGACACGGUGUACCGGUACUUGUGCCCAGUGAAGAAGAUUGGGAGCAUAAUUGGGAGAGGAGGAGAGAUUGUGAAGCAGCUGAGGGGGGACACCAAGUCCAAGAUUCGAAUUGGGGAGACGGUGCCGGGCAGCGAGGAGCGGGUUGUUACUAUUUACAGUGCGAGGGAUGAGACGAAUGGGUUCGAAGAUGGCGGGACGUGUGUGGCUCCGGCUCAGGACGCUCUGUUCAGGGUCCAUGAUAGGGUGAUUGCUGAGGACACGCAUAAUAAUAACGAGGAGGAGGCGGACGGUGGCAGUAGUGGUGGCGGGGGGCACCAUGUGAUUGUGCGGCUUCUUGUGCCGUCUGAUCAGAUCGGUUGCAUUAUUGGGAAAGGAGGGCAGAUUGUUCAGAACAUUCGGAGUGAAACCGGUGCACAGAUUCGGAUUCUCAAGGAUGACCAUCUGCCUGCUUGUGCCUUGAACUCUGAUGAGCUUGUGCAGAUAUCUGGGGAAGCUCCACUAGUCAAGAAGGCUCUUUUUCAAAUUGCAUCUCGCCUUCAUGAUAACCCAUCACGAUCUCAGCAUUUACUUACUUCUUCGGUGCCUAUGUAUUCUGGUGGUUCACUCAUGGGUCCAUCUGGUGGUCCCCCACUAAUGGGAAUUGCUCCAAUGAUGGGUCCUUAUGGAGGGGGGUACAAAGGUGAUGUUGGAGACUGGUCACGCUCCUUGUACUCAGCUCCAAGAGAUGAAGCAUCCUCGAAAGAAUUUUCUAUUCGCUUGGUUUGUCCAACUGCGAAUAUUGGAGGUGUGAUUGGAAAGGGUGGUACCAUAAUUAACCAAAUCAGACAGGAUUCGGGGGCUGUUAUUAAGGUUGAUAGUUCAGCUACUGAAGGAGAUGAUUGCUUAAUUAAUGUAUCAGCAAAAGAGUUCUUUGAAGACUCAUUCUCAGCAGCUAUUGAAGCAGCAGUGCGUUUGCAACCCAGAUGCAGUGAAAAAGUAGAAAGAGAUUCAGGAAUUAUCUCAUUCACAACCCGCCUACUUGUUCCAACGUCACGAAUUGGCUGCCUAAUUGGGAAAGGUGGGGCUAUUGUAACUGAGAUGAGGAGACUUACCAAAGCUAAUAUUCGCAUACUUUCUAAGGAAAAUCUUCCCAAAAUUGCAUCUGAAGAUGAUGAGAUGGUGCAGAUUUCUGGAGAACUUGAUAUUGUUAAGGAUGCUCUUAUACAAGUAGUUACCAGAUUAAGAGCAAACCUUUUCGACAGGGAAGGUGGAGUGCCUGGAUUCCUGCCAAUUUUGCCUUAUCUUCCUGUGUCAGCAGAUGGUCCAGAUGGUCCAAAUUAUGAUAGUAGGGAUGGUAAAAGACAUGGUCGUGGGCAUUCUUAUUCUGCUGGCUAUGGUGGCUCAAGUGAUUUUGCUGCGAGUGACAGUUAUGGAAGUUAUGGUGGUUCACAGAUUGGUGGUAGCGGCAGCGCUUAUGGAGCCUACGGGGGUUAUUCUUCUGGGCGGAGUGGUAGUUCUGGGUUAUCUAGCCAGAACCCUGUUUCUCGGAGGAGAAACUAUGUUUAAUGAUGGUACCAGCAGCUGAGUUCUAUGAAGCCUGAAGCUAGCCUACUGUCUGCCUAAACCGGAAGAUGAACCAGCAUAUGACAUAGUCAUGGCCCACCUUGACGAAUCUACUUAUAAGUCCAAGAAACCAAAAUUACCAAGCUUCCCUAGAACCUAUAUACCAGCAUGCCCGCCCAUGUUGCUGUUUUUCCUGUUACACUUUUACGUUAUGAAGCCAUGUUACUUCAAUGUUACCUCUGUAUUUGUGCUUCUCAGCUAUGUAGUUUGAUUACUUUGUUGUUUUAAUUUUUAUGUUGUUGAUCUUGAAAACUUAACCACUUACUUUGUGAUGUAGCAGAUUGUCGUAUCAUCUGACUGCCGGCAUUUAUGAUCCAUCUGUAUCAUUUUUAUUAUGAGUUUGGUUUACACCAGACUGUUUCUGAAAUCCAUCUGCAUUAAAAUAA